AUGAUGCGAGAAUCAGGUGAUCUCAGCUACGCACAAGUGGCACCAGGUGCGCCAGAUGCUUCUAUAGAGUAUACAGACCCGAGAGUCUUCGAGUGGGAGCAGCUUGGGGAGCCUUUGUUUGUCUUCGCCUACACGGCUAUGGUAGUCGGGCGGCAGUGCUUGGCCCUGGCCGUGGUGGCGCUUCAGGUCUUCUCCACCCGUAUUCAAAAGAUGUUGCAAGCAGAUGCUAAAGAUUUCCUCAUGGAUUGCAAUCCUGCCAUCAUCGGACCUUUGGAAAGCUAUGUCUGCGAAGCUACGAAAGCUUUUGUUCGGUGCUUUCCACCAGUGUCAAUUGUCGUGGCAUUGAUGGUGGCAUCACAACUUAUCUUGUGCCAGCGAUUGUUCUACCUCAUGAUCCGGCAUAAAGUCCUGGUGGACUUCCAGAACUUAGCACCUUACAAGGACCCUAUGUUCUGGUGGGUCAUUAUCACAUGUGUGCUGGCGCUGUCCCACUUCAUCUUUCACAUGAUUUGUGCCGAGAAGAUGCACGCUGAACACCACAAUCUCCAGGCUUUGCUUGAUGGUCUCAAGAAGGAUGCCGUGUUCUUCGGCUUGCCCGCUGUUUUCUAUAUCAUCUUCCUGUACAUGUCCUACGACGUUGAGUGGCUACUCUUGCCGCUCUCCAAGUUCUGGGAGGAAGACCCGGUCUGGGCACAGGAGGUGUCUUCCGACUUGGCAUUCAUCACCGAAAAUGUGGCACGGAGAACUGUUCUUCACGGUUCGUCGGAAACAGCACUCACGGUAGAGGACAUUGCCGAGUCACUGUCUGUCUCUGCACAGCAGGUGCCAGAGAGUGAGAUCAACGACUCCAGAGUGGGGUUGCUUCCGCGGUCAGGUAGUAGAAAGCCGGCUGGCUGGAUAAGUGAGCAGCGGCAGCAACGAUUGCAAAAGACUGGCAAGUCCGCCGGAAAGAUCGGGCUUGGCCAGUUCAGGUCGGGAUUGAUUACGCGGUCUUGGAUUGGUGAUCUCCUGCUGGACUACAGAUUGGUGGAUGCAAAGAGCCGUGAAUUUCGACUCGCGUGGAUUCUUUGGGUCGGCAUCACGUGCCUCGCUUGCCUUGCUGCCGUCACCUUACUGGCACUGCAGAUCGCGAAAGAUGUUCAAGAUAUCAUCCGUGGUCAGCAUGCUGACAUUGUUGGCACCGUGGUCACGAGUCUGAAUGUCCUGUGCAUGGUCGCGGUCGUCCUGAGAUACCUUUACGAAGCUGACACCAUCGCCAAGAGUGGGUGGAGCGUGCCCACGCAAGAAAGAAGUGCAAGCGAUCCGGGAAAGUCUCUGUCUUUCAAUUCAGUGCAGAUGCUCCGGCAAGGCAUGAUCAGGCUACCCAUCUUCGAGGUUUUGUGUGCAGUCGCGGCUCUAAAUUGGCAAGCACGGAACAACAUGGCCACAAAGGCACAAAGGGUUCAAACAGCAUCACAAAGAAACACAUUGCCCACAAUAGUUCGCAGAAUUUCGCAGAGAAAAUCAAUAAGAAGAAACAGCAGCCACAAUAGGAUGCAACAGAAUGAAGAAGCGCAGCAACCACGACAAGCUUCAGCCCCUGGGCGUUUCCACUCUCACUGCGUCAGUGAUAUUUUGAGUUGCACUUGCCUCCACUGUAGCCACCCGUCCGUGCAAGUGGGUACAUGGACGUGGCUUGAGUAUCAUCAGUGGCAUAAGACCAGACGGAAGUCAACGUGA